GCUGACCACAACAAACUUCAACUUCUUUCAAACGCGUCCAGCUUGACCUUCUAUCACAGAGCAUCGAUUUCCUUCCCUCAUCUGCAUCCGCCGAAAUGCCUUUGACUAGCCUCCCAGUCGAGAUCCAAACACAAAUAGUUCGGUUUGUCAAUGACACAUCGACCCUGGAAGCUCUUAGGCUUUCUUGUCACAGUCUCGAGGUAGUCGCAACCCAGGAGCUAUUCAAAACCGCCAUUCUGUAUCAUAAUUUAAGCAGCUGUGGGAAGCUGGAAAAGAUCAUUGGGACAGGGCUUGCUGGAACGAUCAGAACCAUUCUGAUCCGCAUAUGGGACAACCAAGGGCUAGAGAGACUGUAUUUCGUAGGUUCAGCUCCUACUAGCAUGGGUAUUUCUAACUCCAAUAUAGCUUGAAUAUGCACUUAGGUUUUUAUAUUAGUUUAACAAAUUGAUCACACGUCUCGGAGAUAUCUCCCAAUUGAAGAUUGCGGUAUUACAACUGAGCUACUUUGGCCACGACGAAAGUUAUAUGCCUUGGGGCAGUGGGCCCGUUCACGAGACCAGGAUUUUGAAA